AGAAUUUUGAAGGUUUCUGAAGAUGAAAAGGUACAAGGAAAACCAAUUAUCGCCCUUGAUUCAAGCAUGUAUGGAUAACGACAUUGUCCAAGUAGAAAAAUUAGUUAAUUCUGGUAAGGUCUGUGUGUCAAAAUGUCGAGAUCACCGAGGGAGAACGCCAUUACACCUUGCUGCAUUUCGAGGAAACGUCAACAUGAUUUCUCUACUUCUUGAAAAUGGUGGCGAUUUAUGGACUAGAGACGAUAAUGGAAAUACUUUAAUGCACUUGUGUAACCAUGUAGAAGUGAUUAAAUUGCUAGCUAGGAGAGGGCUUUCACCGUUUGAAAGAAACUCCAACAACGAGACUCCCUUGAUGUUGGCCAUGAGAUUCGGUGCAAGUAAAGAAGUAAUUAAUCUUCUCAAGAACCUAGAACAACAUGAAGUGGAGGRUGAACCUCCGGUCAGUUGUCCCCUAUUCAAAACUAGAAAUACUUACACAUCUCUUCAGGACAACAAUUCAUCAAAUUGGACAAAUGAAUUAUUUAUAGACCUUGGGAUGUAUAGAAUGUUGUUGAUGCUACUUUUAAUUUUCGCACUAUCACUUUACAUAACUUACUGUAUUGUUGGUGAGAUGCCAUUGAGCUCUCCACUUCUCAACGAUAUUGCAGGGCACAAAGAGCACAGGCUAUAAAUAAAUGUGAUUAAUUUGUCCUUGUCCCUUUAGAUUGUUUUUUUUUUUUUUUUGCAUGGCAUAGUUUAUUCAAACCCUUAACGAUAAGGUUAUGUAGGGUUAAAACAAAGGUUUUUAUUCUCAUUGGAAUAAAGUACUGUACAUGGUGCAUCAAGGUCCAUAAUGUCAUCUACUAGAUGUCAAUCAAGGCAUUACCAUGUCGUGCAACCUUAAAUCCUCUUUCCAAGAAAGUCAUGCAAAACUCUUUGAUUGACAUCCACCACAUUCUACUUUGUUACAACRAUGAUCCUGUUAGGGAAAAUGAAUGGCCAAGAAUCUAGUAUCCAACAUAUAACACUGAAGCCAAACCAAGAAUCCUAUUUAGUCACACCAAUAAUUAAUUAUUUAUGCUUAAAGUCAAAUGCCCUGCUAGCAGAGUCUCUCUUCUCUUUCUCUCCCUUCUUUUAGGGGGGGAGGAAGGAGACUCUGCCGAUGUAGAGUGUUUCCUUUGAUA